CAUCCUCCCACGGCGUGGCUCAGAAUUUUAGAAACUGCACUUUUGAGCGAGUUCGGAUUUGUAACUUGAACGUGCAUUGCCUCUCACGAUCCUCGGCUGCCAUGAGAGAACAGAGCCGGACCUCCAGCAUCCCAGAAUGCAACGGGCGGGCGGAGCCGCUCCUCCAGGAUCGCGGGCGGCCCUAGUUGUCCCGGGAGAUGUGACUGUCAGCAGCGCGGUGCCUGGCCAUGGGAAACGAGCGGAGCGCGGCCAGGGGUGGCAACUUCUCCUGUCGGCUGGUCCCGGCCACGAAAUGGAAGGGGGCUGUGUCCAAAAUGGGGCUGUCGCUCUCGAGCUGGUUUUCAGGGCCCUUCCUGGCUGCCGGGACACGUGUCCAGGAGCGGCGGCGACCGCCUGAGGAGCGAGGCACGGCCGGCUGCACUGGAUGGCCCUUCCCUCGAUUCAUCUCGUUGUUCUUUCCGGUUUUCCCCUACAAAUCCCAGCGGAUGGCUCAGGAGUUCCAGGACAUUGAGUUCAUCGCCAAAGGCUCCCUGGGACCCAUUCUGAAAGCCCGUCAAAGGACCGACAAGAAAAUCUAUGCAGUGAAGGUGCUGCUGAAAACAGAGGUGGUACGGCAAGGAGUCCUGGAACAGUGUAUCGAUGGAGUUGUCAUUCAGAGGCAGGUCCUCCAUCCCUUCGUGCAGGGGUUGCAGGAAUGCUGGCAGACGUCACGGCUGCUCUUCAUUAUGUGUGAGUAUCACUGCGCUGGCGACCUCUCGCGGCUCUGGAAUGCUCGAAAACCACUGGCUGAGAGCAGAGUGCGAGUCUUUGCAGCCGAAUUGGGCUCUGCCAUCGGUUUCCUUCACGAUUUUGGAGUCAUCCACCGGGACGUGAAGAUGGAGAACGUUCUUCUGACUGAGCGGGGCCACAUCAUGCUGACGGAUUUCGGGUUGUCUCGCAGACUCUGGCGGGGAGAGAGGGCUCGCACCAUCUGUGGAACUGUCCAGUACAUGGCUCCCGAGGUGUUGAGGGGCAGCCCCUACAACCACUCGGCGGACUGGUGGUCUCUGGGAGUGCUCCUCUACGCGCUGGCUACUGGUGAGUUUCCAGUGGAGUCUCAGUGUGACCACACGUCCAUGUGGAAGAGCCUGCAGCGAGUGCACGUUUCUCCGCCGACCUCCGUCAGCCAGGACCUCGCCUUCCUCCUCUCUGAGUUGCUGUGCCCCGACCCUCAGCUCCGCCUGCACCGGCUCGACGCCUUCAGUGAGCAACGUUUCUUCGGCGGCCUGUCCUUUGACCCUGAGCUGCUGCACAGGCAAUCACUGGAGUUCAGCAUCCCCAGCGGAGAGCAGCCCCGGCCCAGCCCCUGCCCACUGCUCUUCCCCGGCUUUGACUGGGAGGCCGGGCUGCUGGCAGACUGAAUGAGGGACUCCCCUCGCCUCAGUCCCUCCCUCCACCGAUGGGACAUUCCCUCACUCCAUCUCCCCCUUCUUCCCUCGCUCCGUCCCUCACUGUGUUUCCCCCUCCAUCCCUCGCUUCACUCUCCAACGAGGGACAAAGGCAGAAGAAAGGAAAUUAUAUGCCAUUUAGCCUGACCUCAGUGGUUGGGAAAGUGUUGGAGUUGAUUAAUUAAGGAUGAGAUCUAAGGGUAGUUGGAGGCACGUGAUAAAAUAGGCCAUUGUCAGCAUAGUUUCCUCAAGGGAAAAUCUUGCCUGACAAAUCUGCUGGAAUUCUUUGUAGAAAUAACAAGCAGGAUAGGCAGGAGAGUCGGUGGCUGUUGUAUAUCUAGGUUUUCAGAAGGCCUUUGACAAGUGGCAGAUGGAAUACAGUGUUGGGAAAUGCAUGGUAGAGGAAAUGAAAGCGUAGACUGUUUUCUAAAUGGAGAAAAAAUUCAAUAAUCUGAGGUGCAAAGGCACUUGCGAGUCCCUCAUGCAGGCUUCCCUACAGGUUGAGCCAGUGGUGAGGAAGGCAGAACAAUGUUAGCAUUCAUCUCGAGAGGACGAGUAUAAAAGCAAAGCUGAGGCUGUAUAAGGCACGGUGAGGCCUCACUUGGAGUAUUGUGAGCAGUUUUGGGCCCCUUAUUUAGGAAAGGAUGUGGUGACAUAAGGGAGUGUUCAGAAGAGGUUCUCAAGAAUUAUGGGAAUGAAAGGCUUUGUGUAUGAGGAAUGGUUGAUGGCUCUGGGAUUGUACUCACUGGAGUUUAAAAGAAUGGGGGGGGUCUCAUUGAAACCUAUCGAAUGUCGAAAGGCUUAGAGUGAAUUUGGAGAGGAUAUUUCCUAUGCUGGGGAGAGUCUAGGAUCAGAGGGCACAGCCUCGAAACAGAGGGAUGUCAAAUGAGAACAGAGAUGGGGAAUUUCUUUCGCCAGAGAGUGGUGGCUCUGUGAAAUUCAUUGCUGCAUGCGGUUGUGAAGACCAAGUCAUUGGGCAUAUUUGAAGCGGAGAUUGAUAGGUUCUUGGUAAGUCAGGGUGUGAAAGGUUAUGGUGAGAAGGCAGGAGAAUGUGCUUGAGAGGGAAAUGGAUCAGUUAUGACCGAACAGUGGAGCAGACUGGAUGGGCCGAAUGGCCUAAUUCUGUAUAUGGGGUUUCCCUCGCGCUCCAUACCUCUCUGUCUCCGUCCCUCACUCCCUCCCUCUGCAAUCCCUGCACACAUGCACCCCUUCCCUGGCAGACACGCCCGCCACCUCCAUCCCUCCCAAUCACCCGCUACCCCUUCCUUCGUUCCCUUGCCCCUGCUCCCUCAUCACCUCUCUCAAUCUCUCAUCCUGAUCUCUACCCCUGUCCCCACCCCACCUGCCCCUCGCUCUGUGUUUGAGUGACAUUGUUCCCUCACCCAAGGCCCUGUGUGAGUUGUCAGCAAAGGUGUAUCCCGUGCCUCUGUCCCUCAAAGUAAAUUUAUCGUGUCACCAUGUACAACCCUGACAUUCACUUUCUCAGGGUAUUCACAGUAAAUACAAGGGUAAAAGCAAAAUAAUAAUAAAUAAAUAAACAAUAACUAAUAGUGAACAAGUCCUUGAGAGUGAGUCCAUUGGAUGUGGGAACACGUCAAUGAUGGGGUGAGUGAAGUUAUCCCCUCUGGUCACGAGGGGUAAUAACUGUUCCUGAACCCUGUGGUGUGAGUCCUGAAGCUCCCGUAUUUUCUUCCUGAUGACUGGAGCAAGAACAGUUCAUGAUCUGGGUGGUGGGGGUCGUGAUGAUGGAUGCUGUCUUCCUGCGACCACUCCAUGUAGAUGUGCUCGAUGGUGUGGGACCGGGCCAUAUCCACGACUUUUUGUAGGAUUUUCUGUUCAAGGACAUUGGCAUUUCCAUACCAGGCCGUGAGGCUACCAGUCAAUAUACUCUCCGCCACACGUGUAGAAGUUUGUCAAAGUUUUAGAUACCAUGCCAUCUUCAUAAACUUCUAAGAAAGUAGGGGUGCUGUUGUGCUUUAUUCACUAACGCUCUGGGCACAGGACAGGUCCUCUGAAAUGAUAGCUCUGAGGAAAUUAAACUUUCUGAUCCUCUCCACCUCUGAUUCCUCACCCCCCCCCCGGGUUCCUGCUCCUGAAGCCGAUAAUCAGCUUCUUGGUCUUGCUGAUAUUGAGUGAGAGGUUGUUGUUAUGGCACCACUCAGCCAGAUUUUCAAUCUCUCUCCAAUUCAUCACCCCCUUUGAAUCGGCCAUCCACAGCAAACUUGAAUAUGGCAUUGGAGAUGUGCUUAGCCACACAGUCGUGAGUAUAAAGCCAGUCAAGCGGGAGGCUAGACCCACAGCCUUGUGCACCUGUGCUGAUGGAGAUUGUGGAGGAGAUGUUGCCGAUCCGAACUGACUGGGGUUUGCGAGUGAAGAGAUUGAAGAUGGAAUUGCACAAGGAGGUAUUGAGGCCCAGGUGUUGAAGCUUAUUGAUUAAUUUUGAGGGGGCAAUGGUAUUGAAUGCCGAGCCGUAGUUGCUAGGGGGCAUCCUGAUGUAUACAUCGUCACUGUCCAGAUGUUCACAUUCCACACUGCACCACAGCCUGGGGGCCAGCAACACACAUCUGUAGUGUUUGAACAUCAGGUCACACCAGGGUACAGCACUGGUGGAGACAGGUCUGUCGUUAAUAACACAGGUACAGUACCAAUGGGGAUGGGUCAGUCACUGUGUAACACCGGGGCACGGCACCGGUGGGGACGGGUCUGUCACUGUAUAACACUGGGAUACGGUACCAGUGGGGACAGGUCUGUCACUGUAUAACAUCGGGGUACGGUACCGGUGGGGACGGGUCUGUCACUAUGGGUUAUUUACCUUCGGCUUCUCAGAAAUGUAAAACUUUUCAUGACCAAUUGUGACUACGGAAUAAAGAACUUUCUGUAAACAAUGACUGUUUUUGUGCUAAUAUUCUGAGGAGGGGUUGCGGGUAUCUCUCCCCGUGUUGGAGGUGACAGUGAAGAGCCGGUCAGCUGGACUUCGGUUGGCUGCCGGGAUCUGCUCUCGAUUUACCGGACGCACCGGGCGAUGGCGAGCGGCUCACCAGCACCCCCUCAGGCCCGCCGAGGGUGACCCUGCGCUGCACUGAAUGACCUGCCAACAGAGUCGAGCUCCUGUUCAUGGAUUAGACGGCUCUGGUUUCGACCUUGCAACACACAAAAAAAUGCUGGAUAGACUCAAUAGGGCAGGCAGCAUGUAUGGAAAAGAAUAAAUAGUCGUCGUUUCGCGCCGAGACCCCUCAUCACUGGAAAGGAAGGGGAAGGAGUCCAGUAUGCAGGUCCCUCCUAACGUAGCUGGGCACUGGUUAAUCGUGUGUUAACUCCAACUUCCCGCCCCGGGUGUGGGCGAGGACCAGCAUGGCUCCCUCCUGCCUCAAAUCGCCUGUAUCCCAUCCAAAAUCUGCCCAGCCCCUGAGCCCGUCCAGACUCCGCACUCAAUCACCUCCGCCUUUGAACGUUCCACCGCUAGAGUCGAGUCUAUCAUCACUGACGGGAAAUGUGUUGUCUUCGGUGGUGCGACGCAUUAAAAAUUACUGAGUUACAAUAAGGAAUAUUU